GGUCUAAUAGAGGGUCUACUUCUGCAGAUUGCGUUGGGUGGGAUCCUCUGUGGCAGGAGAAGUUGAAGAUAGAUCACUAUCGCCAUGCUUCCAUGAUCUGCGGCAAUUAUGAAGAUCGACGGUGCUAACGGCCCACACGCUCUUUCAGCUCGGCACCACGGUCUAUGGCGUCCGUCGCGCCACCACUCUAACCAUGCCAGCGGUGCCGCGAGGCUCUCAACGCACUCUCAUCAGAGAACUCGGCUGACGACAGAGCUGGACAGUCUUAGCUCGUCGCCAUGGAGUCCGUGGCGACGAUCGCCGUGCGUGGGACGCGCGAGAGCGAUAAUUGCUAUUUUUGCAGCUCUUGCUGCGCUGGUCCUGGUCUCUCAUUCUCGCGUGAUGCCGUGGUUAAUUGGCCGAGAGGCGUCCCAUGUUAGAAGAGCAUCAGCAACUCCGCCAUCCACAUCCAGCCUGCCUGUGAACCCUCCACCGCUUGCUAAUGGGGGCAGCAGAACCUCUUCCACUCGCUCCCACUCCUCACAAUCCCCCUUCUCCACCUCCUCCUCCUCUACCUCCUCCAUUAAUUCCUCCUCUCUCUCCCUCAACCCCCGUUCUCCACCCCCCUCCACCAACACUGCAGUCACUCUACCACCCUCUCCUCUCUCCCCUCUCAUCCCCCCCCACCUCCCCCCUGCCUCUGGCUGCAGCUGCUACCGCCUGCGCAACGUGUACUGCUGCAAGCAGGCCCUCUGCGUCUGCCACUCUGUUUGCUUCAACGGCUCCGCCCUCCUCUCAGCCCCCACCCCUCAGGCCACCUCAGCCAAACCCGUGGUCAACCCCAAAGACCCUCCACUCCCCUGCCUUCCUCCUAAGUACACCCUGAACCAGAUGCAACCUUCCCCGGAUAGUCCCUCUGACAGUGCGAGCAGCAGGAGAAGAGAGACUACAGAUGUGCUGUCGCCCAUUCCCUGCACUCGCAAGGCAGAGUUCGCUGCUUUUCUCAACAUGGCCCUUAUGGAGGCGCCCAUUAGGGGAGGUCUGCAUGCUGCUAGUAAAGACACGUGGCAGGAGUGGGUUGGCCAGGAGGGAGGUGGCGAGGGCAAGGGAGGGUUGGUGGAUUGGCGGGAUGGCGGCACUUUGCUGAUUCCUCUAGACGACCCCACCACCAACGUGGCUCAUUUCAUAGGGGAGUGAAUGAUGUGUUUUGAGUGGCAGGGAAGGCUGCUCAGAUACUGCUAGUCAACAACGCAUCGCUGCCUACUGCCCUUCCUCUCAUCACACGAUUCUUGCUGCCCCGCACUCCUGCCGCUGCCGCCAGGAUGCGGCAGCACGGGCAGCACGGUUGGAUCCCCUCGGUGCUGCACAUGCUGCUCCGCAUCGCACUAGAGCCUCUCCUCAACCGCACCAGUGACCUGAAACACAUCUCCUCACUCCCUCUCAGCCCUGGAUCCCUAGCUGCUGCUAUCUCGCCAGAAACAUUGGCGGGUGCCGCCAGUGCGGAUGGCAGCAGCGGUGGCAGCAUCGGUGGCAGCGGUGGCAGCAGUGGUGGUGCGGAGUUGCUUGCAGGGGCGGUGGAGUUUGAGUCUGCGUUCAGCAGGGCGUCUCAUGAGCAUCCCAUGUGCUUCCAUCGCCUUGUGCUGCCCGGCUAUCUCAAGGCCAUCACCUUCCCAGGCGGCAUGGAGGAAGCGGACAUGUUCAAGCAGCGGCUCAUGGAGGCUUUCCCCCACUCCGACCCCGAUGCCUUUCACACCCUCGCCACUCCCAGUGACACAUCUGCUAGUAUCACAUUGCCAGGCAAUACUUCUGCUGGGAGCAGUUCGGCUGAGACCACCGUCCGUCUCCUGUACAUCACGCGCAAUGCAUCGCUCACACGUGGCCGCCGGGUGAUGAAUGCUGAAAGCUCCCGUGCUCUGCUCCAGCUCUUUCACCGGCUCAAGUUUCAGGUGGCUCAAGUGGAGUUCACGCCGCUCCCCUUCACCCACCAGCUGGCCCUUGUGCAAUCAGCAGACAUCAUCGUGUCCCUGCACGGCGCAGGCCUCACCAACCCCGCCUCGUUCGCCCGCUCAGACUCCGUUCUCCUGGAAAUCUCCCCGUAUGGAGUGUUCUACAAUCUCUACUAUUUCAUGGCAGUGAAUGCCGGGGUGACCUACAUGCUGCACCAGUGCGCAGCUGGGCCUGCUCCCUUGCCUCCUAGGGAUGCGGAAUUUCGAGGCGUCGGCCCAUUUGCCUGCGAUCAUGACCCUGCAUGCAAGCAGUACCGGACUCAUGACCGGCCGGUGAAUCUGGGAAAGCAAGACAUUGAGGAGUUGGGAAAUCUUCUGGCAGUGGCUCAAAAAUUGGUGCUGGAUGUGAGGAGGAAGGGGAAGCGAGAGGGAGGGAGAAGGCUGCGGCGGAUGUAUGGGAAGCUGUGUGUGUCAAGGAAGCGGAAUAAGGAUUGUAGGAUGAAUUUAUUGAGAUCCCCAAUUGCUGAUCCAACUUAUGAAUGUGUUGUGUCAAUGGAAUGUCCUUACGUUUCCGAGUGAAAUUAUAUUUCUGGAUCCCA